AUGGCCUCCGAAACCAGAUCCACACGGCUCAACACAGCCUACUCGCUGCUCGACGCCUACGGCUCCCUCUCACCAGACGCCAUCCUCGACCACCUCGAUGACAACUGCACACACCAGGCCCUGCCCGCCUCGUUGGGCAUGCCACCUCGCUCCAAGGAAGAGUUCAGAGGCCACGCUCAAGGCAUCACCUCCAUCUUCACCACUUUCGCCAUGGUUCCGCAAAAUAUCUACGAAGACGAAGACAACAACGCCGUAGUCAUCCACGCCAUGAUGGAUGGCCAGCUGAACAAGCCUGGCAUGGGUCAGUGGAAAAACGAGUGCAUAAUGCUGCUGCGCUUCACACCAGACGGCUCCAAAAUCAUCCAGAUCAGAGAGUUUGUCGACAGCGCAAAAGCCAUGGAGAUGCGCAACAAAGUCAAGCCCAAGAACUUCGACUCACACGGCCCGGGGUUCAUGUCUACAGUCGGCUGGGUUGUGUCCACCACUGUACCGGUUGCCUUGGCUGGCGCCGCCGUGCUCUUCUUCACCGGAAGAAAGGACUUGCUACGCCUGAGAUGA